GCUCUCUGGGAUUUGUAGUUUGGGGCCCUAGGCGAGGGCAGAGUGGGCGUCCAGCGUGCUGGUGGCCAGGUGUGGGCUCCAGGCGCGAGGGAGCCGGUCAGACUGCGUUAGCUGAGAGAGGCAUCCUGGCAGGGCCCGGUGCUGGAGCGCGGCCGGGCGCACGUCAGUCCGCGCCGUGUUCCCAGCCCCUCCGCAGAACCGCGGUCACGGGUGAGACCCACGCGAGUAAGGCCGCAGCGCCUUGCCGGUCUUCCCCUCGCCAGUGCCCCUGCCCUGCGCGGCAUUGUCCCGAGGCGGUUUUCGGCGGACGUCAGGGACGGAGGGAGACCCCGGAGAGGAACGCAGGGCCCCGGAGCCCUGUGCUGCCGAAAGAUACGGGCUUGGGAAGAAGGUCGGGGAGGAGACCUGGGCAAAGCUCCCCCAAGCUCUAGGGCAGAACCGGGAGCCUGAGGAACUGGCGCAGCUCCGCAAUGCUCGCAGCCCACGGGUUCAUUCACCUCGGAUUUGCCAGGGAGAGUCGCCCUGUUUGAUCCAAAGCCCCACGGAGAGGGGAAUCUGCUCUUCCCUGAGCAGAGGACAUGAUCAAGUUCCAGGUGAGCUGGGGUUUCUCCUGACAUGCCUUGUGUCUGACACUAGACAUAAGCUUGCUUUCUCCGGAGGAAGGAACCAGCAACACUCAAGGAUGUGUCUGUGGACCCAAUGGAGGAAGAGCAGGGGUGCCCAGGCCCUGCCCAGAGGAAACAGAAGGGUGCUGUGACCCUGCGGGGCUGCAGGAACUUGGCGGAGACUCAAAAGAAUUCUGUGGCAUCUUUGAGACAAAGGACAGUCGGACCUGUCACACAAGUUUCCUGCAGCUGAUUUCAGAGAUCGUGGCCAGUUAGCACCUGGGAAUGGAGACUGUAUUGUGACUCAGGGGAAGAGCAUAGGGGUCCUGGGCUAGAUCCCUCCCAGAAGUGAGGAGAAGCAUCUUGUCAUAUUCCAGAAACAACAACAGUUUGGUGAUUCUUCAGUGACUUUGCAGACACUGAAAGUGAAAACUACCUGUCUUUGGCAGCCCCAAGCAAGAUGGCCACACAAGACUCCCCUGGGAAGCUGUGUAAGAAUGAGCCCCAGGAUCCUUGGGAGAGCGGAGGUGUCUUUGCACCUGAAGAGAGCACCAAGAGCCAGGUGAUGAGGGAGCAAAGGCCUACCAUGGCCCGGGGUUCUGAAAACCUGCAAGUUAAACUUACGUCCGACAGUACGGAGCCAGCGUCGCCACUGGUUGGUGGUGAAGCCACUUGCCAGAGUAGGCCAGUGAAAGAAUCUUCAGAUCCCUUUGUCCGUAACUGCAAAGACAUUUCAAGAUGGAAGUCACGACUGGUCAGCUGCAGACACCAGAGAGCUCACCCAGAGCAGAAGUCCUGUCACUGUGGUGGGAAGUUGCUGCACACCAGCCUAGAUACUGAUCUCUACACAAAGAUCCACCCUGCAGAAAAGCCACACAAGUGUAACCAGUGCAGAAAAGACUUCAGUCAGAAGUCAGAGCUCCUGCGGCACCAGCGAUGCCACAUGGAAGAGAAGCCCUACACAUGCAUGCAGUGUGGCAAGGGCUUCACCAGGAGCUCCAGCCUGCUUGUCCACCAGGCCAUCCACACUGACGAGAAGCCCUACAAGUGUGACAAAUGCGGCAAGGGCUUCACUAGAAGCUCUAGCCUGCUCAUCCAUCAUGCAGUCCACACUGGCGAGAAGCCAUAUAAGUGUGACAAAUGCGGCAAGGGCUUCAGCCAGAGCUCCAAGUUGCACAUCCACCAGAGGGUGCACACGGGGGAAAAGCCCUAUGAGUGCGGAGAGUGCGGCAUGAGCUUCAGCCAGCGUUCCAACCUGCACAUCCACCAGCGGGUGCACACUGGGGAGAGGCCCUACAAAUGCGGGGAAUGUGGCAAGGGCUUCAGCCAGAGCUCCAACCUGCAUAUCCACCGGUGUAUCCAUACCGGUGAGAAGCCCUACCAGUGCUACGAGUGCGGCAAGGGCUUCAGCCAGAGCUCAGAUCUCCGCAUCCACCUCCGGGUGCACACAGGGGAGAAGCCCUACCACUGUGGCAAAUGUGGCAAGGGCUUCAGCCAGAGCUCCAAGCUCCUCAUCCACCAGCGUGUGCACACAGGGGAGAAGCCCUACGAGUGCAGCAAAUGUGGCAGGGGCUUUAGCCAAAGCUCCAACCUGCACAUCCACCAGCGCGUGCACAGGAAGGACCCGGAUCUGUGACGCGGCUGGAUCAGGUCUCUAAUGCUGUGAGGACUUUCAUGUUUCUAAUGUAUCUCUUACCUUUCUACUCCUCAAAGGAGAAAGAUGAGAGUCAGUCAGCUAUGUGCCCUCACUGAAAAGUCAUUCAUUCAUUCAAAGCGCCAAGCACUUAGUUAAGCUGCACAGUGGGUGGGGGUGUUCUGGUCCCUCACGUGGGAUAGAGUGGAACGUCUGUAUUUCAGUUCAGCCGGUGUUAUUAGAACUAUAUAUCCACCUAGAAUUUUUAACUGCGAGAACUUUAUAAUUUAUUUGUCCAGGUAGGGCAUGUUUUCCUUUGUUCACAUUUUGUGCAGAAUUGGUACUCUUGUUUUUCUUCAGAUGAUGUGCCUUGUGUUUUUCAUAUCUUCUUUGAGUUCCCUGCCCUAAAUUCUGAUUAUAUAUUACAUCCAUUUUAAGCUGGGAGGGGUAAAGGUUGGUGAUACAGUGGACAUCAAAAUCACCAGUGUUUAAUGCCAACAUGUACAUCAGUCUGUGGCCACAGUAAAGAGCUGGAGAAGAGUUA